AUGUCUAUUAACGAUGCAACUGGCCAUGGCAAGGCACCGGUUCAUGAACGAGAUGCUCAUCCCCAUGAGCGACGGCUUGUCAAUGUGCAGCCCGCGCGUCUAGAUGACCUGCAGCCGAAAUAUGCUCAAACGAUCAAACAUGAUGGCGAAAACCCAGAUGCGCAUGGAUGGUAUUCAUCGUACAUUCACAGCUUGGGACAAUGUAUCGGUUUCUGUGGAGCCUUUCCAUGCUGCAUCUGCUGCCCCAACCCAUUCAAGCCGGUCAACCAGGGCCAGGUCGGCCUGGUCUCGAAGUUCGGACGCUUUGAACGGUCCGUAGAUCCUGGCCUGGUCAAAGUAAACCCACUCAGCGAGCACCUGAGGACGGUGGACGUCAAAAUUCAGAUAGUCGAAGUGCCUCGUCAGGUCUGUAUGACCAAGGAUAAUGUCACCCUUCAUCUCACCUCGGUUAUCUACUACGGAGUCGUCUCCCCCCACAUAGCCGCCUUCGGCAUUGCGGACGUGCGACAGGCGCUCGUCGAACGCACCCAGACCACGCUGCGCCAUGUAAUUGGAGCCCGCGUCCUACAGGAUGUAAUCGAGCGCCGGGAGGAGAUUGCGCAGUCGACAUCGGAGAUCAUCGAGGAGGUUGCCGCCGGCUGGGGUGUCCAGGUCGAAUCCAUGCUCAUCAAAGACAUCAUCUUUAGCGAUGACCUGCAAGAUUCGCUCUCCAUGGCUGCGCAGGCUAAGCGGAUCGGUGAGAGCAAGGUCAUCGCUGCUCGCGCCGAAGUCGAGUCAGCCAAACUGAUGCGUCAGGCUGCCGAUAUCCUCUCUUCUGCUCCGGCCAUGCAGAUUCGAUACCUGGAAGCAAUGCAAUCAAUGGCCAAGUCGUCGGCUAGCAAAGUGAUCUUUUUACCAGGAGUGAAUGGCAACGUGUCGGCGCAGUUGGCCGCCGCGGACAAUGCGGGUGAGGGUCCGAGCAGGUACGGCCAGGAGCAGCAAGAUGAUGGAUUCCAGCGUGCGAUGAAUGCUCAGGUCAUCGAGCAUAUUUAG